AUGCCAUCAGUCACGGGGAUAAUUGUGGAGAAAAUCGAAACUCCGGUUGUUGUUGAAGAACCCGUUUGCGCCGCGCCGGAACCGGAAGUUGUGGUGAAGCUUCCUUCGCCGCCGCGACGCUCUUAUUACGGUCGUCGUAAGGGCAGCUCGUCAUCAUCCUCGGAAGAAGAGUCAAAAGAAAAGGUUGAAGAAGAAAAGAAAGAGGUCGGCGGGAAGAAAGUGGCGAGGAUCCCUGCAAUUCCUUCGAUUCCAAGGGUGCCCACGGGUUCACCGCCGGGUUCAGAGCAGCGUUCCCCAAGGUCGCAAACACGUUCGCGUUCUUCAUCUUCCUCAUCAACGUCAUCCUCUCGUUCCUCCGAGUCCCGAAGGCGGCCGUCUCCGCAGCCGCCGUCUACAUCUGCGAGAAGUCCGCGUGGGUCUGGGCCAUCGAAUGCGUCUUCCAAAGUCAGUAAGAAAUGGUUGGCGAGGUGGGAGGACCUGGAAAUGGUGGCC